AUGCUCUACUUCUUCCACCAUUAUGAACUGCCAGCAAUAUUGCAGCAAGCACAGAUUCAACAACUUGGUCGUGUCCACACUGUUAAUAUUGUUCUACGCAAUGUUCCCAACAACAACAACAACAAUAAUAACAAUAACCAGAAUGCUGCUAACAACACAGCCAACAACACUGGUGUUGGUGACACUGGUGGUGAGAGAGAGAGUGCUAACAAUGGUACUAGUGGUACUCGGAAUGAUGGGGUACCAAGGCCAAAUAUCCCACCCAUGGUUAACUUGGUGUUCCGCAACAUGACUGGUGGUUUAGCAAACAACAGAAAUGGAAACACAUCAUUGAGCUUUGUGUUCAGAAAUGUCAGAAAUAUAGUGCAGAAUCUUCAGCAGAAUAAUACAGCAUCGACCUCAACGUCAACUAGUACCACCACCACAACCACGUCUGCAUUCAACACUGCUACUGUGACAGUGUCUACUACAAGUACUACCACAACUACCUUCAUGGGAACUUUUGCAACUGGGUCUAAUACAACAAAUCCUACAACCUCAAUAGCCAGCACUGCUACUGUCUCAACCCCUCAAGUUUCUGGAGUAGGACCUUUGGAUUCAAAUAGCUCCUCUAAUUCUUUUUCCUUGUCAUCAUUUCCUACCUCUUCCAUAUCUUCAUUGGCUUCUCCUGCUACUUUUUCCUCACAUAUGACCCCUGUCUCACCUCCAAGGCAACCAGAUAUUACUGCUACUUCAUCUAAUGCCUCAGAGACUGUUAGUAAUAAUGCCUUAGGCUCUGUUGUGUCUGAUAGAACAGAUAGUGAACCUUUUAUGUUAACUUCUGAUUCUCUAGGUUCCUCAAGGGACAGCCUCCCUUUAGGAGCUUUACCUUCUUCUCCUCAUGAAACAUCAAUACCAGUUAAGGACCUGCCUAGCAGUUCAGAUUCUGUGUCAUUGGAUGAUGGGGAACACAAUGAUGGUAUGAGAUACAAGGCCAUACCAGUCGGUGCACAUAUGCAUAAGAGCUUUAAUCACUGUAUUUAUGAUGGGUCAGGAAAAUGUUCCUCUGAUUCCAAGGUGGCAGAAGAUACUGCCUCAGUGUUUAGUGGUACUUCUGAGGUCAUUAAAGGAGAUACAAACAGCCUUUUAAGAAAUGUUGGCGAUAUGCCGUAUGGCACUGCUAGAGCCUUAGAUCACCCUGUAACACAAAAUGUAGAGUUAACGAACGCUGACUGCCAAGCAGUUAAAGUUUGCAAAAGUAGUGAUGUAGCAGUGGAACCUCUACAACCAGAACAAGAAUUAAGACAUCGUAUUACCUCAGAAAAUCACCGUCACCACCGACCACAUUUAGAUAGUGAAAGCAGUGGAUAG